GGAAACACUGUAUUAUUAUAUGCUGCCAGGAAAGACGAAAAUGAUACUUGUUUUCGUCUUUUUCUGGAAAAUGGCGCAGAUGUCAAUAUUCAGAAUAACGAUGGGGUCACUGCAUUGAUGCAUGCUGCGGAGAACGACAAAGAAGCUACUCGUGUUCGUCUACUUUUGGAACAUGGUGCAGAUGUGAAUGCUCAGGAUGAAGAUGGGGACACUGCAUUAUUAUAUGCUGCUUGGAAUGACGAAGAUGAUACUCGUGUUCGUCUACUAUUGGAACAUGGUGCAGAUGUCAAUGCUAAGGAUAACGAUGGAAACACUGUAUUAUUAUAUGCUGCCAGGAA